AUGACUACGACGGUUCCCAAAAUAUUUGCAUUCCAUGAGUUUGCAGGUGUUGCUGAGGCAGUAGCAGAUCAUGUUGUUCAUGCGCAGAAUACGGCUUUAUCUAAGGACGGAUACGGAAUUAAGGGCAGUGGCCCAGGAAACGGAGGGCCGAUGUCGCGCACGUCGUCGUCGCGAAGCCUGAAGAGCAGUAGUAGAUCUGGAAACAGCAAGCUCAAAAAGGUGAAAGAGAGGAGAUUCAAGAUCGCCUUAUCAGGUGGGAGUCUUAUUCAAGUGCUUCACGAGGGGCUGUUGAAGAGGACAGAUGUGCAAUGGGGAAAAUGGGAUGUGUAUUUUGCAGAUGAGAGACUGGUUCCUUUUGAAUCUGCAGAAAGUAACUUCGGGCUGGCCAAGAGGAAGGUAUUCGACCUUAUUGACACUGAAAGAUAUGGUGCACCCAAAAUUUAUCACAUAAAUGAAUCCUUGAUAGACGACCCACAGGAAUGCGCAGACGAUUACGAAAAAGUGCUAAUUAAGGGAUUUGCAGGCAGGGACUCGGUGAAACUACCGAUGUUCGAUUUGUUCUUGUUGGGUUGCGCUCCUGACGGGCAUAUCGCGUCUCUGUUUCCCAAUUUUCAGGAAAAUCUCAGGGAAAACCUAGCGUGGGUAGUCCCAGUUGUAAACGCUCCUAGUGGGCCUUCUAAUAGAAUAUCGCUUACGAUUCCGGUAAUUUGCCACUCCCAUCAGGUCACAUUCGUAGUUGAAGGUGCUACGAAAGCCCCUGUGAUCAAAACUAUAAUGGAAAGGCCUGAAAAGGGUUUGCCUAGCAGCAUUGUCAAUGAGGGGGCCGCUGGUCGUGUUGCAUGGUUUAUGGACGAUGAUGCACUGACGGAUGUCUGCGUAACAAAGAAAAAGUACAAGUUUUUGGAAUCGAAUGACGUCGUGGAGUAA